GAGAUGGCCGAAGAUGGCAGCGAAGAGAUCAUGUUCAUCUGGUGUGAAGACUGCAGCCAGUAUCACGACUCUGAAUGUCCCGAGCUGGGCCCCGUGGUCAUGGUCAAAGACUCCUUUGUGUUAAGCCGGGCAAGGUCGUCUCUUCCUCCCAACUUGGAGAUCAGACGGCUGGAAGAUGGAGCCGAAGGCGUGUUUGCCGUCACUCAGCUCGUGAAGCGGACGCAGUUUGGUCCGUUCGAGUCCCGGAGGGUCGCCAAAUGGGAGAAGGAGUCCGCCUUCCCACUGAAGGUGUUCCAGAAGGACGGGCACCCCGUGUGCUUUGACACGUCCAACGAGGACGACUGCAACUGGAUGAUGCUGGUGCGGCCGGCGGCGGAGCCCGCGCACCAGAACCUGACGGCCUACCAGCACGGCAGCGACGUGUACUUCACCACCUCCAGGGACAUCCCCCCGGGCACCGAGCUGCGCGUGUGGUACGCGGCCUUCUACGCCAAGAAGAUGGACAAGCCCAUGCUGAAGCAGGCCUGCGCCAGUGUGCACGCCGCAGGCACCCUGGACAGCAGCGCCCCCGCGGAGCCGGAGCCCAGCCCCUGGGCGUGCAAGGUGUGCUCCGCCUCCUUCCUCGAGCUGCAGCUGCUGAACGAGCAUCUCCUGGCUCACUUGGAACAAGCCAAGAGCCUUGCUCCAGGCAACCCGAGCGAGGUGUCGCCCGAGAAGGAGCCAGAGGCACCCCGGGGGGACCCCCCUGCCGUGCCCGGGAAUGAGAGCGUUGGGGCCACCAAAGAACAGAAGAAAAAGCCUCGAAGGGGGAGAAAACCCAAAGCGUCCAAAACCGAGCAGCCUCUAGUCAUCGUUGAGGACAAGGAGCCGGCAGAACAAGUGGCAGAGAUCAUUACCGAGGUCCCCCCGGACGAACCUGCGAGCGCGACGCCGGACGAGCGGAUAAUGGAGCUGGUCCUGGGGAAGCUGGCCAGCAGCGCCGGCGACGCCAGCCCCGUGCCAAAGUUCGCCCAUCACCAGAACAGCACCAUCUCCCUCAAGCGCAGCUUGAUCCUGUCGGGCAGGCACGGCAUCCGGCGGAAGCUCAUCAAGCAGCUCGGGGAGCACAAGCGGGUUUACCAGUGCAGCAUCUGCAGCAAGGUCUUCCAGAACAGCAGCAACCUGAGCCGGCACGUGCGCUCGCACGGUGACAAGCUGUUCAAGUGUGAGGAAUGCGCAAAGCUGUUCAGCCGCAAGGAGAGUCUGAAGCAGCAUGUUUCUUACAAGCACAGCAGGAACGAGGUUGACAGCGAGUACAGACACCGCUGUGGCACGUGCGAGAAGACCUUCCGCAUUGAGAGCGCGCUGGAGUUUCACAACUGCAGGACAGAUGACAAGACGUUCCAAUGUGAGAUGUGUUUCAGAUUCUUCUCCACCAACAGUAACCUCUCCAAGCACAAGAAGAAGCACGGGGACAAGAAGUUUGCUUGUGAAGUCUGCAACAAGAUGUUCUACCGCAAGGACGUCAUGCUGGACCACCAGCGGAGGCACCUGGAAGGAGUGCGGCGGGUGAAGAGAGAGGACUUGGAGGCCGGUGGGGAGAACCUGGUCCGCUACAAGAAGGAACCUUCCGGAUGUCCGGUGUGUGGCAAGGUAUUCUCCUGCAGGAGCAACAUGAACAAGCACCUGCUGACCCAUGGCGACAAGAAGUACACCUGCGAGAUCUGCGGCCGCAAGUUCUUCCGCGUGGACGUGCUCAGGGACCACAUCCACGUCCACUUCAAGGACAUCGCGCUGAUGGACGACCACCAGAGGGAGGAGUUCAUCGGCAAGAUUGGGAUCUCCUCGGAGGAGAACGACGACAACUCUGACGAGAGCGCAGACUCGGAGCCUCACAAGUACAGCUGCAAAAGGUGUCAGCUCACCUUCGGCCGGGGGAAGGACUACCUGAAGCACAUCAUGGACGUGCACAAGGAGAAGGGCCACGACUGCAGCAUCUGCAACCGGCGCUUCGCGCUGAAGGCCACCUACCACGCCCACAUGGUCAUCCACCGCGAGAACCUGCCGGACCCCAACGUGCAGAAGUACAUCCACCCCUGCGAAAUCUGCGGGCGGAUCUUCAACAGCAUCGGGAACCUGGAGCGCCACAAACUCAUCCACACAGGUGUGAAGAGCCACGCCUGUGAGCAGUGCGGGAAGUCCUUUGCCCGGAAGGACAUGCUCAAGGAGCACAUGCGCGUGCACGACAACAUCCGCGAGUACCUGUGCGCCGAGUGCGGGAAAGGCAUGAAGACCAAGCACGCGCUGCGCCACCACAUGAAGCUGCACAAGGGCAUCAAGGAGUACGAGUGCAAGGAGUGCCACCGCAAGUUCGCGCAGAAGGUCAACAUGCUCAAGCACUACAAGCGACACACGGGGAUUAAAGAUUUCAUGUGUGAGUUGUGUGGAAAGACCUUUAGCGAGAGGAACACCAUGGAGACGCACAAGCUCAUCCACACCGUGGGCAAGCAGUGGACGUGCUCCGUGUGCGACAAGAAGUACGUCACCGAGUACAUGCUGCAGAAGCACGUGCAGCUCACGCACGACAAGGUGGAGGCGCAGAGCUGCCAGCUGUGCGGGACCAAGGUGUCCACCAGGGCCUCCAUGAGCCGGCACAUGCGGCGCAAGCACCCGGAGGUGCUGGCGGUGAGGAUCGAUGACCUGGACCACCUCCCAGAGACCACCACCAUCGACGCCUCCUCCAUCGGCAUCGUCCAGCCCGAGCUGACGCUGGAGCAGGAGGACCUGGCGGAAGGGAAGCACGUGAAAGCUGCCAAGAGGAGUCACAAGAGGAAGCAGAAGCCGGAGGAGGGGGCGGGGGCGCCGGUGCCCGAGGACGCCACCUUCAGCGAAUACUCGGAGAAAGAGACGGAAUUCGCGGGCAGCGUGGGCGACGAGACCAGCUCCGCGGUGCAGAGCAUCCAGCAGGUGGUGGUGACCCUGGGUGACCCUAAUGUGACUGCCCCGUCGAGCUCAGUCGGCCUGACCAACAUCACAGUGACUCCCAUCACCACUGCAGCCGGGACUCAGUUUACCAAUCUCCAGCCGGUGGCCGUGGGGCACCUUACCACCCCCGAACGCCAGUUACAGCUGGACAACUCCAUCCUGACCGUGACCUUUGACACCGUCAGCGGGUCCGCCAUGCUGCACAACCGCCAGAACGACGUGCAGGUCCACCCGCAGCCGGAAGCCUCCAACCCGCAGUCCGUGGCGCACUUCAUCAAUCUGACCACCCUGGUCAACUCCAUCACGCCCCUGGGGAGCCAGCUCAGCGACCAGCACCCGCUGGCGUGGCGGGCGGUGCCGCAGACGGACGUCCUGCCGCCCCCGCAGCCGCAGGCGCCCCCGCAGCAGGCGGCGCCGCCCCAGGUGCAGGCGGAGCAGCAGCAGCAGAUGUACAGCUACUGA